CUUCCAACAAGGAAGUGAUUUAUUUUAAACAAAUGAAGGAAUUGAAUUGUGCAUUAGCAUACCCUCUAAAAAGCUUCUGGUUGGUUCAGCAGGCAUAAACUGUUGAGUUUCUUGAAACACUGGAGCAGAGACCAAAAGAUCUGUAGAAGGGCUUAUAUGUGCAAAUCCUGGUAUCAGUUUUGCAAUCUUUCCUUCUGAUGUGGGUGGGUAAUCACAUAUCCCCCUCUCUCACACAUCCCCACUGGGUUUGUCAUCAUGAGUUUAGUGGAGAAACAAAGGCUGCCUUAUGCUGGGCUGUAAAUGCAGAUGAUGUCAGUGUCAUGGAGCGAGAAGUCGUGUAAGGUAGUGUGUCGUCUGUGGGUCCACUGGCAUGUUUAAUUUAUCCAAACAAGCUGUGCUGCUGAAGAUUUAGCUUGCCAUCCUGUGUGUCUGUGUUGAUUUGAAGAACUGGAGCAUGAAGGAGGACAGUAUUAAGGGCCUGUGAACCUUGACCUGACCUGCUCCAGCUGGACUCAUCUCUGUAGACGCUAAAGAAACACACUUCAAACUCCAGGACCAUGUCAACAGGUAAUUACACUCCAGCCCGGGGCCCUUUUUCGGCCCUCACACCCAGCAUGUGGCCCCAGGACAUUUUGGCAAAGUACUUUCAGAAAGACCCCGAUAUGGAAGCAGAACUGCAGUAUGAUGAAUUUGGCUUCCGGAUCGAUAGUGAAGACGGGGUUGAGACAAGUAAAUGGCAGCGUGGUGAAGGGGCUCCUCAGAAAGAGGACCCUCAGCAAAGACUUCGCUGGCAGGCCCAUCUGGAGUUCACCCACAAUCACACUGUAGGAGACCUGACUUGGGACAAGAUCUCCCCCACCCUGGCUUGCUCUGACCGCCUUCGGACCCUUGUGCUGGGGGGCAUACCACACAGCAUGAGACCACAGAUGUGGAUGCGUUUGUCAGGGGCCCUGCAGAAAAAGAGAACAUCAGAAAUCUCCUACAGGGAAAUCGUCAAAAACAGUUCUAAUGAGGACACCACAGCAGCCAAACAGAUAGAAAAGGAUCUUUUGCGGACCAUGCCCACUAAUGCGUGCUUCAGUAACAUGUCGAGUGUGGGGGUGCCCAAGCUCAGGCGAGUCCUGAGAGGACUGGCGUGGCUGUAUCCAGACAUCGGCUACUGUCAGGGCACAGGCAUGGUGGUGUCCUGUCUGCUGCUGUUUCUGGAGGAGGAGGAUGCUCUGUGGAUGAUGUGUGCACUGAUAGAGGACCUUCUACCUCCCUCAUACUUCUCCUCCACGCUGUUGGGAGUUCAGACCGACCAGCGCGUGCUCAGACAGCUCAUAGUGCAGUAUCUGCCGAGUCUAGACCAGCUCUUACAGGAGCAUGACAUUGAGCUUUCUCUAAUCACGCUGCACUGGUUCCUCACUGCCUUUGCCAGUGUGGUGGACAUCCGCAUCCUGCUGCGAAUCUGGGACCUGCUCUUCUACGAGGGCUCAGUGGUGCUCUUCCAGGUUACGCUGGGCAUGCUGAAGAUCAAGGAGGAAGAACUGGUAUCAUCUGAGAACUCGGCAUCCAUCUUUAACACCCUCUCAGAUCUGCCCAGUCAACUAGAGGACGGGGCGGCAGUGCUGGGCGAGGCGGUGCGUCUGGCAGGAUCUCUGUCUCAGGAAAGCCUGGAUGCUCUCAGACACAAGCAUCUUGCCUACAUCCUGGCAGAGCAGGCCCAGCUCAACUCCGGCAACUCCCAUUCCCUCCACACCAACCUCAACAAGGUGGUCCGCAGACAGAGCCUGCGUAGGAAAUCCACCCUGAGCUCGCUUCUCUGGGGGGAGGACGAGGUGGAGGCGCUGAAGGCCAAAAACAUCAAACAGACGGAGCUGGUGGCAGCACUGAGAGAAGCCAUCAGUCGGACCGCAGAGCACUUUCACUGCCUGGACCCCCGCAACUGCAGCACUGAUUUGACUCCGGACUAUUCUAUGGAGAGUCAUCAAAGGGAUCACGAGAACUUCCUGGUUGUGUCUCGGAAUCGCCGGAGACGAGCCAAAGCCUUGCUGGACUUUGAGCGGCACGACGAUGAUGAACUGGGCUUUCGGAAGAAUGACAUCAUCACUAUCAUCUCACAAAAAGAUGAGCACUGCUGGGUUGGGGAGCUGAACGGCUUGAGAGGCUGGUUUCCUGCUAAAUUUGUGGAAGUCUUGGAUGAACGAAGUAAAGAGUACUCUCUGGCUGGAGACGACACUGUAACUGAGGCAGUCAAUGACUUGGUCAGAGGCACAUUGUGUCCUGCUCUCAAGUCCAUCUUUCAGCACGGCCUGAAGAAGCCCUCCAUACUGGGAGGACCUUGUCACCCUUGGCUCUUCAUCGAGGAGGCAGCCAGCAGAGAAGUGGAGAGAGACUUCAACUCGGUCUACUCCAGACUGGUGCUCUGCAAGACCUACAGGUUAGAUGAAGAUGGGAAGGUGCUCACACCUGAAGAGCUUCUUUACAGGGCAGUGCAGUCUGUCAACAUGAGCCACGACACUGCACACGUUCAGAUGGACGUCAAGUUUCGCUCGCUCAUCUGUGUGGGCUUGAAUGAGCAGGUGCUGCACCUGUGGCUGGAGGUGUUGUGUUCCAGUAUGAGUGCCGUGGAGAAGUGGUACCAUCCCUGGUCCUUCCUGCGCAGUCCUGGCUGGGUUCAGAUCAAGUGUGAACUCAGAGUUCUCUCAAAGUUUGCCUUCAGUCUCUCCCAAGACUGUGAGCUGCCUACCAAAAAAGAGGAGAAGGAGCAGAGGCCAUUGAAGGAGGGAGUUCAGGACAUGUUGGUGAAGCAUCACCUCUUCAGCUGGGACAUUGAUGGCUAAAGCACCACACACUUCCUGUGAGCUGCAAACACACAGACCAAAUCACUCUCCAUCUGCAGAAAAACAGGGAUCUGAAACACCUGAAAUUCAUCUUCAUUCGUUGUAAAGCUUUAGGUCACAUGGCUGAAUUGUAGAGUGUUUGUGUGUUAUGGCUCAAUAGUUUCACUCUUUGCGACUCUUGUAAGAGUCUGUUUGUACAAAGGAGGAGUUCUUUGCCAAGAUUUCACACAGAAUUAGACUAAAGAAAGACAACCUGCAAACACUUCCUUUCCUCGGUCAUGAAUGAAUGUAGGAUUUAAACCCCUUUGUCCAUUUACUCUUGGUGAUCUCUGGAGAGUAGGAAAGACGUCAGUCCAGCUCUGAUGCUCCAGAAAGAUCGUCUUGAAGAGCUAAUUCAGUGUCUGAAUGAUCAUGCUUGUGUAUAUCAGACGUGUACAAUCAGAGGUUAAACACAUUUUCAUUAUCUUCAGAGGACUUGCCAAUUAUGAUCGUUUCCAAAAUAGCUGAAUAAUAAAAAAGAUAUCCAGUGUGUACCACCCCACAUGCGUAACACCCGUUACAUCCACAGCAAACUAAUGAAGGCAUUGACUUGAGUCGGGUCUCUUUCUCUGGUGUGUGCUUCAGACGCUGGAUUGAAUCUGCCUCAACAUGAAGGACAUCACCGAUUCAGUGCUGUUGGUGUGGCAAGGAACCAGCUUUGUGUUACAUAUUUCUUAUAAACCAUGUAAAGUAUAAAAAGAGAAAAAUAGUAUUUAGCUUUUUUUUUUUUUUUUUUGAGAUAUGAAAAAGAAAGGUCCAGCGCUGUCCAGUCUACAUGGAGUGCUACAUGGGCCGUUCUGAAAGAGCUUUGUGUGUCUUCUCUGCAAGAGCCUGCUGUGGUACAGACGUUAAGAGUACGUGACAGAAAAAGCCUCCACUUUAUCACUCUUGUAAUUGGUAGACAUGGUUGUUCUGAACCAAAAACUAGUCCGUAAUGGUUGAGCAUGACCAAACUCACAGGGCUUUAAAUCAUAUCCACGAUCACUGAUAAUGUGUACGUAAAUAAAUAUCUAUAUCU